UUUGAAUUUGCUGGGAGUUACGUUCCGUAGUCUCUGUACGUAGAAUUUAGUUUUAGUAAACAAUGCUCUCUUGAACUGCGUCACAGGUGGGGAUCAUUUUAACUGUAGCUCUGUGAAUGUUGGAAUCAGUCAAUGUGGAUCAACCGGAAUAGUCUCUUGUCAUUGAGCUUCUUGUAUUUCAUACCCCGCACAUUUAUUAUGGCCUGGCGAUCAAGUGGCAACAACAAUACCCACCUUGUUGAAAAUCUGGCCAAAAAUGGCAUCAUCAAGUCUGAAGCUGUUAUCAGUGCCAUGAAGAAAGUUGACCGCGCCAACUUUUGUAAAGCCAACCCGUACAACGACUCGCCCCAGAGCAUCGGCUACGCUGUGACAAUUAGUGCCCCGCAUAUGCAUGCCCAUGCACUGGAACUCUUGUCUGACCAUUUAACAGAGGGAAGUAAAGCGCUGGACGUGGGUUCUGGGAGUGGCUAUCUAACUGCGUGCAUGGCACUAAUGGUUGGAAAAAGUGGUAAAGCUAUAGGCAUAGAUCAUAUUCCAGAACUGGUGGAGGAGUCCAAGAGGAACAUAGAGAAGGAUCUCAUCACCAGGGUGCUGCUGGAGACUGACAGGCUGGAAUUGGUGGUGGGGGACGGCCGGCAGGGUUACGCCCCUGAGGCACCUUUUGACGCCAUUCAUGUGGGGGCGGCGGCCCCCGACCUUCCUGAGGCUCUGGUGGAGCAGCUGAAACCAGGUGGAAGGCUGAUAAUACCUGUUGGUCCUGCAGGUGAAAACCAAAGUCUUUUACAGGUUGACAAGCUUGAGGACGGUACCGUGGUGAAGAAAAAUUUGAUGGGGGUCAUCUAUGUGCCACUGACCAGCAAGGACAAGCAGUGGCCGAGAAAAAAAUUUGAGUUAUGAUCAACUGAAGGCGAUAUACUGGCAUGGGUCCAGUUUUUGUUUGAAAAGUAUGAAGCAAGCCCACAGAAUUGAGUCUAAGUUAAGUCGUCAUUGAAUCUGUUUUUGCCCUGGAAAAUAUUUGAUCCCACUGUAAUAUAUGUAACUAAUUGUCCUUAUGUGUGUAUGUUGUGCUGGCAGUAUUUAAACACAACCUUCCAAGAGAUUGUCUGAUGUAAAGUUGAAUGAAAAUUCUUUUCUGAGCUAAUGAGCCUGCCUGUAAGAAAUUGUCCUGGACUACUAAGUAAGAUGUCAUUUUUAUUUUUUUGCUAAACAAUUGUUUUUUAAAAUUAAGUUAAUUUUAAUUAAAUUAAGAUUUCAAGUAUGCAAAGGCUUGUACAUGUUAGACAAUACUUUGUUUCUUCUAUGGAUUCCAUAUACGGCAUUUGAUUGACAUUUAUUAUUUAUUUCACAGCAAACACUGUUAUAAAGUUAUAAAUAGCAGAAAUAAUUGUUCUUUGUUUUACAUUUUGAUAAGACAGAAUGAAAUUCUGUACAAUAGUACAAAGGGAAUGUACUCUAGUGAAACUUUCACUAUUCUGGGCAUUUCUAUUAGCCUCCUUGUUUUAACAUCCUCCAGUUUAAAAAGCAAGUCUACAUACAGUCUACCCUCCGUAAUCUGUCUGCUGUUAGAGGGUUGAGCACUUGACUAAAAUCAACUCUAUUAAAUUAAACUGUUGGUCCAUGUACUCUGGAACUGAUUUAACUAAUAUUUGAAUAAAAAGCUUAUUCUAAACUGCAAGCUUUACUGCAUGUGAGGCUAUUGUAAAAUAACUCCACUUCUGUCCUUGGUUGGUUAAAAUUGCUUGAUAAUAAAUUAUUUUAAACUUAAAGAAUUGUUAAAUGUUUAUUUGUAGUUUAAAUUUGAUUACAUUUUCCAAAAUGAAAAGUAACUUAUACAAACACAACAUUUUUAAAAAAAAAUUGGUGUAUUCUGUAUUGUAAAAAUUAAUGUAUUGACAACCAAAAUAUCACAGGACAUUAAAAAAAAAAAUCACAAAAAAAAUUGUUUCAACUGAAGCAGGUACAGAAUAGACAGUAAAGAUCACAUAACAAGUUUAAGGAAAUCCAAGGAUAGAAAUGUCAGGUAUAGAAGACAAAAGAUCAAUACACUUAUUGAUCAAAGUUACAGGUGAAAACUAGUCUAGAACUGUUUCAAGAAAAUUAAAAAUUGAACUGCAUUGGGUAUAACAUUGUUAUACUACCAAAUGAAAAUAUUAUAAAAAUAAUCUAACAACCUGUAUCAAUUUUCUCUGCUCAGAAUUUCUGAAUUUCAUAACAAAAAUUAAACCAAUGCAAAGGUCAAUAGGCUUGAAAAGUAUAUGUAAUCAUAGUAAAUUUAAGAAAAAAAUCUUUUUAAGAAUAUGGCAAGCGAUAAAAUUAUAGUUACAUUUAAAAAACUAAAAACUUAAAGGGAACCAUCGAUUACACUCAUGUACAUAUUUUUGUGUUGAAUAUAAGCAGUUGAAAAGUCGUUAAGAAUUGUUCAUUAAUUCAUAUAUUUUAAAAACCAAAACUGCCCUAAACAUCUCCUUCAAGUCAUUCGGAAUGGACAAGGAGGAGAGUAAAACAAUGAAAGUCACAACAGUUGUUUUCCAUGAUAAAAUACACAAUAGUGGUCAGUGGUGUAUAGCCUAGUAUUGUAUUUAUAUUAAACUUAA